AGCCGCAAAGCACCUGUGAGUUCGCGGAAGUCCGCUCAGACUCUAGCCCGGCCCAGCCCGGCCCGACCCGACAGCGCCCGGUCCCCUCCUUUGCUCGGGACCUCGGCCCGCCAUGGGCCCUCCGUGCCUCAGGUUCUUCGCACUGCUGCUGUUGCUGCAGGUCUCAUCGCAUUUGUGCCAGCAGUCAGAGCCCUGCUAUCCCGGAUUUGGCGCGGACAGCUACACUUUUACCGUGCCCCGGCGACAUUUGGAACGAAGGCGUGUCCUGGGCCGAGUGAGUUUUGAAGGAUGCACUGGUCGACCAAGGACGGUCUAUUCUUCUGACGACUCCCGAUUCAAAGUGGGCACAGACGGUGAGAUCACAGUCAAACGGCCUGUACAGCUUCAUAAUCCAGAGAUCAGUUUUCAGGUCCAUGCCUGGGACUCCACUGGCAGGAAGUUUUCCACCAAAGUUACCCUGAAGGCAGUGGGACACCACCGCAGCCACCACCACAGCCAUCACCGUCAUGACUCUUCCUCUGGAGCCCACGUGGAAGUGCUCACAUUUCCUGGCUCCCACCAGGGUCUCAGGAGACAGAAGAGAGACUGGGUUAUCCCCCCCAUCAGUUGCCCAGAAAAUGAAAGAGGCCCCUUCCCUAAAGACCUGGUUCAGAUCAAAUCCAACAGGGACAAAGAAACCAAGGUUUUCUAUAGCAUCACUGGUCCAGGAGCCGAUUCCCCCCCUGUUGGUGUGUUCAUUAUUGAAAGAGAAACAGGAUGGCUGAAGGUGACACAACCUCUAGAUCGAGAAAAUAUUGCCAAGUACAUCCUCUUCUCUCAUGCUGUGUCAUCGAACGGGAAAGCAGUUGAGGACCCAAUGGAGAUUUUGAUCGCGGUGACAGAUCAGAAUGACAACAAGCCCGAGUUCACCCAGGGGAUCUUUAGGGGAUCUGUCAUGGAGGGUGCUCUUCCAGGAACCUCUGUGAUGCAGGUCACAGCCACAGACGCAGACGAUGAUGUGAACACCUACAAUGCUGCCAUCGUUUAUACCAUCCUCGACCAAGAGCCCCCGUUGCCUGACAAGAUGAUGUUCACCAUCAACCCUACCACAGGAGACAUCAGUGUGCUCACUACUGGGCUAGACCGAGAGAGUUUUCCCGAGUAUACCCUGACGGUUCAAGCUGCUGACCUUCAAGGUGAAGGCUUAAGCACAACAGCAACAGCCGUGAUCACGGUCACUGACAUCAACGAUAACCCUCCUGUCUUCAAUCCCACCGUGUACCAGGGUCAGGUGCCUGAGAACGAGGCCAAUGUCCUCAUCGCUACACUCAAAGUGACUGACGCUGAUGUUCCCAAUACUCCAGCUUGGCAGGCUGUGUACACCAUAUUGAAUGAUAAGGAGGGGCAGUUUGCUGUCACCACGGACCCAAUAUCCAAUGAUGGCAUUUUGAAAACGGCAAAGGGCUUGGAUUUCGAGGCCAAGCAGCAGUACAUCCUACAUGUGGCGGUGACGAAUGUGGACCCCUUUGUGGUCUCUCUAACCACCUCCACAGCCACCAUCACUGUGGAUGUGGUGGAUGUGAAUGAAGCCCCCAUCUUCGUGCCUCCAGAGAAGAGAGUGGAAGUAUCCGAAGACUUUGGCGUCGGCCUGGAAAUCACAUCCUACACAGCCCGGGACCCAGACACGUUUCUGAAUCAGAAGAUAACGUAAGUUGUGGGGAUUCUUCAACUGACUGC